UCCUCAUCUCCUGAGAGGGCUGGGUGCUCUGCUUAUGGUCAGCAGAGACCUGUUGGUGGUCUGAGACCUUUUCCCAGAGUCUGAACUGCAGAGAACCUGGUUUGCAGCCCCCUAUGAAGGUGCCAGAAUUGACCUAGAGAGCCUGAGCCAGUCUAGCUUGAGAAAGGUUUGUCUGUCUUGGAUGACAGACAGUGGGCUUGUAGUGCUCACUGCCUGCUGGCCAGGCAGCCAGGCCUCAUGGAGUCAUUGGAGCAGUCCUGCAGUGCUCAUUAGAGGCUCCAAGGUUUGGGAAUGAGCUGUAGUGUUUUGAUCUGGGUGGAAGACAUGGUGUAUUGGCAUCACCCUUUGUGUGGUGUCAGCAGAAGUAGAACUUGAUUCAGAUCUAGAACUUGAUUCAAGAUUUGCAUAGGCCAAAAAAGUUUUAGUCUGAUCCAGAGUACAUAUUUUAAGAUGAAUGGAUUGGACCAGAUUUCUCAAAUAGUUCUAGCUUUUAGUAAAUACCCUUUGGGCUCUCAGUGCCUACUGUGAGCAGACCCUUGAUUUUAGGAAACAGUUUUAAAGUGAAAUGUACCUUCAUCCCCUUUAUGUUGCAGGUGAUUGAACCUGAUAAUUCAGUGAGCUGAGGCCAUUUCAAGAGAGGAAUGUUUUAGGACACAGCUGAGUUGUUGAGGGACAGCUGCACUUUGAUCCUAAGAGCUUUGCAAGGCUGAAUUUUAAAAAUCCCAGAAGAUGGUGUCUGCUUGCAUCCUGGUGCCAAGGCACCGACAGCAGCUGAUGUCACUGGAGUAGUUGUCUCACGAGGAGAAGAUUGGCCCUGCCAGCCUGGGAUUGCUGCUGCUCCCCAGGUCAGUGAGAUGGGAAGGUCACAGGAGUGUGGGAGGUUUUGUGUCCAAUUUCCAAAAGCUGCCAGCAGUGCUGCUCUGAGCUCUGCACGUCCUGGGAGCUGGGAACUUGGCCUUGGAGUACAUAAAAGCAUUAGGGUGGCUGUGCCCUGAGCUCACCUUUCCACUUACCUUCCCCAUCCCUCUCUCUCUGUUCAUUCUGACACAGCCUGUGUGUUUUCACUUUAUAUCACAGAAGUGUAAAGCCAGUCAUUGACAAAACCCUCUUUUUGGAGGAAGAGAGGAUUAUUGUUGGGUAUGUCCUGGAGCAAAAGUUUGAGAAUAAUAUCCUGGGGGAAUAAUGGGCAGAUAAAACUCUGAGUCCUGCUGACUUCAGUCAGGCCUGUGGGACUCUGAGGUUCACCUUUUCUGGGGAUGUCCCAGCCAGUUUGGUCAGUGCUGCACAGAGCUGCUGGCCCAGCCCCAGCCUGGCUCUGUGACUCUCCCUGUGUUGCCCCUGUGCCCACAGGUGACCCCACCAGGUAACCAUCCCGUGCCUCCUUACCUUUGUAGGCUGUUCUGCUUCCUGGCCUUGCCAUCUCCUGCCAGAUACAUUGGUGACAAAGCAGUGGGGACAGGUCACAGCCUGCCUUGCUGACAGAGUUACAAAAUGGAUCCAGGACCAAACCCAUCCCACAAAACAUCAGGAUUAAAUAUUGAAAUCCUUGGCAUUGCCUGUGUGCUUAAAAGUGCUGAGGAAAAGGGCUUUAUCAAGAGGGAGGAUCAGCUGAAGCUGGGAAUUGUCCCUCAGGCUCCUGGUGCUUCCCAGGGAGCAUCUGUGCUCCCCUGCCUUUAGCUCUGCUUCCAUGAGGCAUUUCCAGCCCUAUUGCUAGACCAGAAGACUGGGGAUGGAAAGGGAGCCCAGUGAACUGGGAGAACAAGAAGAGGAGAGGAGCAGAUACUGGAGCAGAUUUUUUUGGAGGUUGCUCAUGGAAGCAGUUCUCCAUUUAGGGCAGUGGGUGGGGAGAGUAUCCUGGGACUCUGUUGAUCCCUGUGCUUGCUGCAGCACUGCUCAGCCAGGGCAGGGGCUGGGAAGGGCUCACUGUUCCCUACUUCUGUCAGCCAGCAGCCUGUCCUUUGUGGAUUUGUGCUUUGUGUUGGGGCUGCACUGUCCAUCCUACUGAUGGGCCUGGGCUAAAGCAGCCAGACUAACUGAAGAGUGCCCUUGUAGCUAAAUUGGAAGGACCAGCAGCCAGUGCUCCAGAGGCCAGACACCCCCUCCCUCUCAUUCCUCAGAGCCAGUAAUUAAUGUGCUGAUCAUAAUAAAAGGGAGCUCCCAUAAGGAGGGAAUUUCCAUCAUUACCUGCAGCCACUAACGGGAGGAUCCUGUGCUUGUCAGUACUGGAAGCACUCACUCUUCUGUCUCGGGAGCUGUUGAUAGCAGCACCUGAGAAACUCAGUAAUCCUCCAGGAAGUGAGUGAUACAUCCUGGCCUUUGAUUUAGCCUGCUCAAACAGGCCUAGUUCUUAAAUUUAACGGGCUUUAGCAAAAAUUAUACUGUGUUAAUUUGAAAUAGUAAUACAAUGAAUUAUUUAUUAUGGCAAGUAAUUCCACAGAAGGAUACAGAAUGAGAAAAAAAUUUCCAAAAAUCUUAGUAAGGUACAACAUGAUCUACUCAUAUGAUUCCACAAUUUCAUAGCAAAAUCUCAGGCUUUGUCCCAGCCAAAAGCAAACAUCUUUGACCUGAUUUCAGCAUAACAGGAUGUUACUGGUUCAGUGAUGGUCUGGAAGGUUAGGGAGUGGGUUGUGUACACUGUUUGUUGCUUUUUUCUUCUCUCUCAAGUCUCAUAGUUUAAAAGCAGAGAGGUAGCUGUAAACUACCUGUAGCCUGCAAAGUACAGCUGGCAGUGAGGUAUAAUCCCCCUGCACUUACCUGUGCUUCACAGGAUCACAACAAUUGUUGAAGCAGACUUUAUUUAAAGCAAAAUAAGUGGCAAGUAAGUAAGUAGCACAGGAGGGAGUAAUUUAACCAACCCAUUGGAUGAAAGUCAGGGUAGGGCAAGAGGAGUCAUGGGACUGUUUAAAUCUGUCAGAAAUGUGAUGACAUAAUGAGCAAUAACUACUCUAUGUUCCAUCACUGGGCCCCUCCUACACUCACUUAGCAGUAUUUCUACAUUUCUCAUGCAACCUGCCUGUGUGACAAAUCCACACACACGUUGCACCCAAUUAGUGUCAAGCAUAAGAGCUGCUCUGCCUGUGUCUCACCUCUCUAAACCCCUCCUGGAAGCAAUUUUCCCAGCAUACAAAGAAUAAAUCACCAUUCUCCUUAAUCUCUCAGAGGACAGAUCCCAAAUAAGGGCCAGGUAAACACAUGUAAUACAUGAUAAAGCAUUAUAAUCUUCCCAGCAGUAGAUACAGGAUAUUAGCUGCUUUAAGUGUUCAAUGCUACAUGUAAUUAAAAAUGGCAGGGGAGGUGAGACAAGGCACUUGAGUAGGCACUUGUAGAAAAGUAGUGGAAUAUCUGGCUUAAAAACCACAAACCUCAAUCAUUUCUCCCUCUAAAAAAAUAGCAAAAAACCACAGCAAACAGCGAAACAAACUGGAAAAGAAAAACAAAUGCACACCUACUCUAGGAAGUAUAACUUACUUUACCUGUGUCCCAGUCACUCCAGAAGCAUCAGGAGAUAAGGAAGUGAGGAGAGCAGAGGGAGGGAGUACAAUCCUUCCUGGGGUACCAACUGCACCAGGGUCAAACCAUUAGCUGGAUUUGACAAAUGACUUACAUGACCACACCUUGUGUAACCAGCAGCCACUGUGCUAUUGGAGUGUCCCAAGGAGUCUCCUUUGACACUGGCUGUCACUCCUCACAUACAUUUUCAGGUGAACAAACAUCUGCCACCUUGUGCUGUGGUGCACUGCAGGAAUUUGCCCCCUCCUUUCCUACUUUUGUUUCAUUGUGGUGAAGGUUGGCUGGCUCAGAAAUCAUCACCUGCCAGUGAGGGAGCAGCUGUCCUGAACAACAAACAAACAGCCCUGGGGUGGCUGCAGAUACUGUUGUGCUGUAAGAUGAGUGGCUGAGAAGGGCUGGAGGGGAGCACCGAUGACCUUACAGUGGGUAUAGGAGGAGCAGAGGCUCUGUGUUGUCAGCACCCUCUGUGGCUGCUGGGGACAGGAGGUGUGGAGGACAUGUUUCCCUUUGCUGCCACUGGCCCAGCUGCACAGGCAGUCUACCUGUGCCAUCCUGGGAUGUCCUGAGCAGGAGGGGAGCAUGCCUGGCCUUCCACACCCUCAUCAUGGUGUCCUUGCUUAGCUUUAGCAGAGCCCAGGGCCUCUUCCCACAGAGUGGAUUCUACAUCCCCAGUGCCUUCCUGAUUCCCAGGGAGGCCAAACAAGUGGGGCUGGGUCUCCAGCCAGAGCAGGGGCUGUGCUGGAGCAGCCAUGGGCAGGAGUGAGGGGUCCUGGUUGUUGAGGGCCAUUACUGCCUGCGGCGGGCUGGGACCUGCACAGUUCCUCUCUCUGUGCCAGUGGGACUGGCCCUUGGCCACAUCCCCAGGGCUCAGGGACAUGGGAACCCACGCCUGCAGUGUGACCUCAGCAGCCACAGAGCAACGGAGCCGCCGCUGCUCACCCGUGAGUCAGGGGAGGCCACGUGAGGCCCCAGCCCUGACGCCUUCCCUGGGCUGGGAUCCCUGAGCCAGGAUCCUGAACCACCACACAGCCGUGCAGCUGCAUUUGACAACAGGAAGGCAAGCAGAAGGGUAGCAGAAUUAUUACCACAGCCUGAGGAGACUGGAGCAGGAAGGGUUUCAAACGGAACUGGUGUGGAUCAGUUUUUGUUGUCUCACAGGAAGAAACUCAGCUUUCACCACAGCUACGGCCCUCCAGGACGUCUUCCAGUGGAAGCAGCUGCUGGGACCAACCUAAGACUGCUAAGACUUGCAGGCACAGCGAUGGAGAAUUUGGAUGUCCCAAUCCCAGAUCUUACUGAAGAACAGCAAGACAUUUUUCAGAGAGUUUUUGCUGCUGAUGCCAAGUACUUGGAGACACAUGAGAAAAUGAACCAGUCCUUCUGGGAAUCACUUGUGAAAUGCUUGGCCUCUACUGACCCACCUAUCCUGAAUACUGAGGAAAAGAACAAUCUCCUUAACAGCUGUGAUGUCCUCCCUGGAGGCUGUGCUGCCUGCCUGAAAGCCAUAGAGAAGAAAGGAGUCAGGGCAAUGGCUCUUCUCUACCUUUUGCUGAAGACUUCCAACCCAUCUGGGUACAGGCAGCUGCCCAGCUCCAAGGGAAAGGAUGAAAAAUUGAAACUCCUGAAGAGUUUGGAAAGGAAUUUUGUAUAUUCAGAAGAGGACAAAAAGUCUAAAAACUCAUCCCAGGAGUCCAUGGAUGAAGAUACACAAGACAGUGAUGAGGAAGAUUUAGGAAUACAGAAGACUGAAGGCCAGUUACUUGGAGGAAUACCAGCAGAGAUGGUUCCCUACAGAGAUUCAGAGAUUGCCAGAAGAGAAGAUUCAGAUGUAGAUGCUUACGAGGAGGAGAGCACUCACCCCCCUCAGUGCACAGUACGGUGGAUGGGCAUACGGAAGGAUGAUGAAUUCUUUCAUUUUGUCAUUCUUUGCUUUGCAAUUGGAGCUUUACUAGUUUGCUACUACUACUACAAAGAUUGGACUAUUUCUCUUGGGAUUGGUUUAAUCACCUUUGCUUCCCUGGAAACCACUGGGAUAUACUUUGGUCUAGUGUACCGAAUUCGGAGUGUCCUUGACAGCUUCGUGCCUCUGAUUGACAGAUUCAGGCCAAGAGGCAUGAGGAAAGCUGCCUAGGAGGAGUAUUUAAGGAGAGUUCCCCAAACCUGGCUGUCCAAAUUUCCAGUACUAAAGCAACUGCUUUAUGAGGUGAACCUAACCACCAAAUGGCCAAUGUGAAAUACUGAAAUGUGAAACUUCUGAAAAACAUUGCUCCUUUCCCUCCAAAAUAAACCUGAAACUGGGGUACAGGGCCCCACUCUGGA